AUGGGUGAGAAGGUGCAUGAGACCCACGAUUUUUUGCGUAAAGGGGAGAAUGUUAACGUGACGGCCAGUUUACUAGCGGGAAGCAUAUCCGGACUUGUCGCCAGGGUGGUGACCACACCACUGGACACUUUGAAGAUUCGAUUCCAAAUUACACCCUGGGGGGAUUCCAAGACCAUUGUGCGUACUAUCUCUGACGUAAUGGAACGGGAGGGGCUCCGAGCAUUUUGGAAGGGGAAUGUGCCCGGAAUGAUGCUCUACGUUUUGUACGGUGGAAUUCAGUUCAGUUCUUACUCAUGGUACAGCAAUAUGUUGAAAGAUUACACGAUAAACGGUCAAAUACACAGUGUCACGGUUGGCGCUCUGGCCGGCAUGACGAGUUCCCUCGUGUCCUACCCAUUUGACGUUUUAAGAACCAGAUUUGUCGCGAACCAGACGGCUGUUUUAUUCAACACUAAGGAUGCUAUCAGAGACAUAUGGGUGCAUGAGGGCAUCCACGGGUUUUUCAGAGGGUCUGUCAUGUCUAUGGCGACAAUCACCAUGGCGACGGCAACCAUGUUUGGUACCUACGAGAGUAUCAAGAUAUUUUGCGAUGAGCAAGACAAUGGUAACCGACGUCUAGUCAACAUUUUGAACCAUAGCGCAAGCUCCAUCAGCGGGGUUGUGUCCAAAGUGGUCACCUUCCCGAUCGACACUAUCCGGAGGCGGGUCCAGUUACAAAAUUCCAUACACAUUGACAAGUUCUCUCCACAGGUUCCAGCGGGAAACGGGACGAAAUCCUCAUUAUUGGACCCGUACCGCGGGAAAAGCACAAUGCUAUCUCUAGGUGCCCAUAUUUGGAAAACGGAAGGGCCCGAAUGGCACUCUACCGUGGACUGGGUAUCGCUCUAUGCAAGUCCGUUCCAACACAGCACUCAGCCUGUGGGCCUACGAAUUUGUGCUGUCCUUUGCAGCUGCAUCAGCCACACCAUCGCGCCACGGUAG